UGAAUUGACAGCGACAGAAAAGGUAAAAGGAAUUAUGAAAUGUCUGGCAUCGGCUUUUACAUACGUGUUGUGUUUAUUCUUAUGAGGUUUUAAACUGGACGUAAAAAUGAAAUAUCUGUACAUUUUAAUAUUGUUGUGUUCUUUAGUUUAUUGUGAUGAACAUACUCAUACUUAUAAGCAAGGGGAACAAGUUGUGCUAUGGAUGAACACUGUUGGCCCAUAUCACAAUCGUCAAGAGACUUAUGCGUAUUUCUCACUACCGUUUUGUGUCGGGACAAAAGUUACCAUUGGCCAUUACCACGAGACUUUAUCAGAAGCUCUACAAGGUGUAGAAUUAGAGUUUAGCGGUCUCGACAUUACUUACAGAGACAAUGUUCCAGCACAGCAAUUUUGUGCAACUGAACUAGAUGAGCAAGCAUAUAAGGCCCUGGUUUAUGCAGUUAAAAAUCACUAUUGGUACCAAAUGUAUGUGGAUGACUUACCUAUAUGGGGAAUCGUUGGAGAAAUUGAUGGUGACAAUUACUAUAUCUGGACUCAUAAGAAAUUUGAUAUUGGCUACAAUGGCAACAGAAUAGUUGAAGUAAAUCUUACGGCGGAAAACAAAGAGAAACUGGCAUUAGGAGCUAAAAUUCCAUUUACAUAUGAAGUUAAUUGGAAACCAAGUAGUAUUAAGUUUGAAGAUCGUUUUGAUAAAUAUUUGGAUCCAAACUUCUUUCAACAUAGAAUUCACUGGUUCAGUAUUUUUAACAGUUUUAUGAUGGUCAUAUUUCUAGUUGGUCUUGUAUCCAUGAUCCUUAUGAGAACUCUGAGAAAAGAUUAUGCAAGGUAUUCUAAAGACGAUGACCUUGAUGACUUGGAAAAAGAUUUGGGUGAUGAGUAUGGAUGGAAACAAGUGCAUGGAGAUGUUUUUAGACCUGUUCCUCAUUUAGCUAUGUUUUCAGCUUUAAUUGGUGCAGGUUAUCAACUUACAGUUGUCACUUUAGCUGUUAUAAUUUUUACUAUAUUUGGAGAACUCUAUACUGAAAGAGGGUCUUUAUUGUCAACUGCCAUAUUUAUUUACACAUUAUCAUCACCUGUAAAUGGAUAUUUUGGAGGAUCCUUGUAUGCAAGAAUGGGAGGAAGACUUUGGAUUAAGCAGAUGUUAUUGUCUGCUUUCUUAUUACCAGUACUAGUCUGUGGCACUGCAUUUUGCAUUAACUUUAUUGCUAUGUAUUACCACGCUUCUAGAGCUCUUCCUUUUGGUAGCAUGAUUGAGGUAAUGUCAAUAUGUACUUUUGUUAUUUUGCCAUUGACACUGGUAGGCACUGUCCUUGGACGAAAUUUAGCUGGCCAACCAGAUUAUCCUUGUAGAAUAAAUGCUGUACCCAGGCCAAUCCCUGAAAAAAAGUGGUUCAUGGAACCAUUUAUAAUCAUUAUUAUGGGAGGGAUUUUACCUUUUGGCUCUAUAUUUAUUGAGAUGUAUUUUAUUUUCACAUCAUUUUGGGCAUAUAAAAUUUAUUAUGUUUAUGGGUUUAUGUUAUUGGUAUUUUUGAUAUUGAUGAUUGUAACAGUAUGUGUGACCAUUGUAUGUACUUACUUCCUUUUAAAUGCAGAAGACUAUCGCUGGCAAUGGACAAGUUUUCUCUCAGCUGGAAGCACUGCUCUCUAUGUCUACCUGUACUCAUUUUAUUAUUUCCUAUUUAAAACAAAGAUGUAUGGUUUAUUCCAAACUGCAUUUUAUUUUGGAUACAUGGCAUUAUUUAGUAUGGCCUUAGGAAUGAUUUGUGGUACAGUUGGUUAUUUAGGCACAAGCUUAUUUGUACGUAAGAUCUAUUCAACAGUUAAAAUUGAUUGAGCAGUACCCAUUAUAAGGAUUACUAAGGUUUAUAAAUAAUUAUUGUCAUAGGGACUGGCAGCAAUAUACGAGAGUUAAAAAUAUUAAAUAAAAUGGAAACUAUUGUCAUCAUAUUGUAGUGAUGGCAUAUUUGUCUUAUAAUACAAAUAUAAUAGAUAUUACUGGAAUAUAUAUCA